AAAGUACAAAAUGGCUGCGCCCAUGGACGAAACACCAAAACACGACUGUGCAAUAUUUUUGCCGAUUUUGCGUGAAUAUGUGUAAUCACCGAAAAUCAUUGCAGUGUAUACGCUACAAGAAAUAGUGAUCACUUUCAGAAAGAGCACAAAGCAAGAUGGCAGGGCGCCUGUCCCCAAUGCCCACAGUGGCAGAAAUUGUCAAACUUUACCGACUCAGUGCGAAAAGACAACUGUCUCAAAACUUCCUACUUGACAUGAACAUCAACAGGAAACUUGUGAAAGCAGCUGGACGCAUCACAAAUGGACAUGUGUGUGAGGUGGGGCCCGGGCCAGGAGGUAUCACUAGGGCCAUACUGGAUAAACAUGUGGAACAUGUAGUCGUCAUAGAGAAGGAUAGCAGGUUCAUACCCAGCUUACAGUCUUUAUCCCGAGAGUCCAACAACAGGGUGCGUGUGAUCUUGGGUGAUGUAUUGUAUUUUGACAUGAGUCGCCUGUUCCCUGAAGAACUGAUAAGUUCCUGGGAGGAAGAUCCUCCAAAUAUACACAUCAUUGGGAACCUCCCCUUCAACGUGGCUACUCCCCUAAUUAUAAGGUACCUAGAGUCUAUUUCCAAACAGACUAGUGUGUGGCGCUAUGGGCGUGUCAGGAUGACCUUGACCUUUCAGAAGGAAGUAGCCGACAGAAUGGUGUCACCCAUUCUUACAAAUGAGCGAUGCCGUCUUUCUGCCAUGUGUCAAAACUGGUGCCAUGUUACCAGGAAGUUUGAGAUUCCAGGCUCAGCAUUUGUUCCCAAGCCUAAGGUAGAUGUGGGUGUGGUGCACUUCCUGCCACGCAUCAAGCCUAUGAUUCCACUUCCCUUUAAACUUGUGGAGAAAGUCUGUAAACACGUUUUUCACCAUAGGAACAAGAAAUUGUUGUUUGGAAUGAAGACGUUGUUUCCACCAGACUUACACUACCUGGCGGAGGAAAGCCUGAGGAUCACCGACAUCCCUGAGGACACAAGGUCUUACAUGUUGACUUUAAGUGAGUUAGGACGUCUAUGCAGUGUGUAUAGUGACAUAUGUGAGGAAUACGCUCAUGUGUUCGCUUAUGACUACCGCAGUCAGGAGGGACAGAAACUCAUUCGUGACGACAGGUAUAGGCGCAGACAGCAGAGAGAGGGACAAGACAGUGAACAAAACCCCUUGAGUGUGGAGAAUGGGGAAUGACUUAAAGGGGAGAAACUCAAGGAGGAGAAGUUUGAGAAGAAUUCACACAAUCUGUACCUCCAAACAGUGGAAAAUUAGAUAUUACACUGGCAGUGUUAAUAAAAGAAUUAGUGUCGAAGUGUGAUGUCAAUUGUUAGUAGAUUUAUGGUAUAUAAAUGGAGUGAGGGAUGUUUGUUUUC